AUGCCGCACCAUGUACAUAUAAGUUUAUAUAUUAGAAAACCGCUAGAAAGGCUAGCGGUGGCUUUGGAAUCAGCGAUAGACCCGCCGAUUCCGGUAUGCCAAAAUCGGCUCCAGUUCUCAAUGGACAGGCAGGUGUAUCUAACCAAAGCUGAGAAAUCCGAAAGGUUUUAUGAUUAUUGGAUAUGUGGAGGUGCUAUAGUAAGUAAACUGCAUAUCAUUACCUCUGCUGCGUGCGUGCAAGACGUCGAGUAUAUGUAUGCUGUAUCCGGAUAUAAGAAAUAUGUGCCCAAUGAUCUGAUGGAUAAUGACUCAUGUUGCAAACACACGAAGAAAAAAGUUGUAUACACUUGUGUGCCGAAAGCUUACGAAUUUGAUUAUGCUAAAAUAGAAAAAUGGGCGUAUAUCGAUAUUGCGGUGGUCAAAGUUGAAUCCGAAUUCAAUUUUGAUGGUGAAAAGUUUAAGUAUUGCACCUAUAAACCUAAAGCUAUAGAAAUAAAUUUCGAUCCUAAAUAUCAGGAGCCUAAUAGGGACUCUAUUGUGUUUGGUUGGGGACACGCCGAGAAAUGGAGAAAGAAUGACCACGGUGGUUCUCUGGUGACAUGGGUGGGCACCAGAGAGGUGCUUAUUGGCGUGGCGUCUGUAUUCAGAGUGACCAGUGAUUCUAAUUGUGCCGGACCAUACUUGUACACCAGUACCCAAUGCAACGGCAUUUUCUUAGACUGUAUGAUAAAUGCCAAUGAAGUCAAAUCAAGAAAAGCUAUAUGCGAUAAGCCACCAAUAGAAAAGGGAUUCGACACAAUAGAAAGACACAUAUCUUGGAAGAACCAUCCGGACGGGUAA